UGCGUCUCUUUGGAUGCUUCAAUCCUUUAAAGAAUAUCGGAAAUCUCCAUAGUAUAGUGUCACUGUUCAAUGUAGAAAGAGAAAUACGAGUGGGAAAGCGGAGAGGUUAAAGGAAAUCCACACAAACUGAAUUAAACAAAUUAAAGAUUUUUUUUUCCAAUUGAGGACAAUGCUUAUAUGUGUAGGGGAGACGGUACAUAUACUAUAUUGAAAUUGGGCUAAGGAUCACCCAACACAUAAUUGUGAUUCAGAGGAAGUGAAAUUUAUUUUUGUGAAACGUGUUAAUACAGAAUGAAAAGUCCUAGUUGUUGGGUCGUGUUGAUCACCAUUGCUUCCCUGCCAGGUAAAGAGAAAAAAAUAAUAGUGUAUUAUUCAUAAAUAGAAAUACAAGUACUAUUAUUAUGAUUCCACUGUGAAUUUCCAUUGCAUAAACUUUUUACAUAUCCUUAAUUGUAUUAAAAUAUUUAUAUGAAUUCAUUUUUCAUAUGUUUUUUUUUCGUGAGAUAGAGAGUUUGAGGUAUGAUAUUUUGAAAAUAUUUUAUAAAAUUUGAUUUAUAGAAAAGCAAAUCGAGAAAAGAUGAAAUGAAUUUAAUCCCCACUAGUAGAUAGAGAAAAAUGCUACUGUUGGAAUCUUCUAAAUUGUCAGAAGAAUAGAUAAGUGAAUUUCACAAUUUAGAUCGUUAGAUUAUAACAAUGUAUGCAACAUUUACAAAUAACUUCACUUUUGCUGAAACAUCAUGUUUGCUACAAUACAUUGAUUUGUAUAAAAAACAACAUUUACAAACAUGAUAAUAAUAUCAUAACUAUCAAUGAAGAAAAUUAUAUUUUUUUAAAUUGUUCUCUAUAAUGUUUAGAAAUGCGUACUUGUUUUUCAGAGCCCAUGCAUUGUCCGGAGAAUCAAAUUACUGCAUUUAAUUAAUUUUUGUACAAGACAAUAUUUAAAAACAUGAUAAUAGUUUCAUAAUUAUCAAUGAAGAAUAUAACAGUUUUUUUUUUGUUUUUUUAAUUACUUAUUUUGUAAUUGUUCUAUACAAUGUUCAAAACGAUCCAUUCUUUUUCAGACCCAAUUUAUUGUCAGGAGAUACAUUUGAAUAAACUGAGACGAAGAGAUUGUACAAAAAUAGAAACAAGCGGAUUAGUAGAUAAUUCUUUCAGCUACUUCUUCAAUGCCACAGUGAAGUUAAAUAAACAGCUGGAGGAUUACACCACUGUUCAGUUUGAGAUACUCAGAAAGAACAGCAAUGACUAUACUUUUGUAAGAUUUUUUUUCUUCCAAAAUACGUUAUUAGCUUCUGAAGAUUUCUACGCGCUUAGGUAUAGUUUGAAGAGAUUAGUUAUAGCGGAAAUGCAUGAUAAUAAUAUUUUUUAACCUUGUUCUUUUUUAAGUGUAUUUUGUUGCUUUCUAAAUCAGGGUAAAAAGUUGUGAUGGAGUCUGUUGAAAUAUGGGAAAUACAAUGCGUUGUUGAUAAUAAAUAACAACUGGAUGGGUAAAUAAUGUCAUCAUUCAAGUGGAUUAAUUCAAAGGGCUAAUUUAUUAAAACGUAACCCAAAAUAAUAAAGAAAACAAAAAAAUAUUCAUUAUUAAAUGUAUGAAAUAUCUGAAGAAGGUAUGCAAAACUUGAAUUCAUAGGUAUUAUUAUAAUUUACUUUACCGGCUUUGAUACAAUUAUUUUAAGCAAGGGAAUACUUUAUGAUUUGGGUGGAAGGAGGGGUACGUCGUUAGGCAGCAGUCGGAGGAUUAAAUGCUUGGUUUGAACGUAAAUGGGCCAACGUCUUCUCAUUUAUGAGCUUUCAGUGUAGCUCUGAAAAGGCGAUAACACUUAAUGUCUCAGCGGUUUCGAAUGUAUUAUUACUAUUCAUAAGACAUGUCAAAGCCUUGCAUACUGCUGCAUUUGGAAGCAGUUCUUAUCUGUAUAAUUAAAAAAGCAAAAUGUUAAAGUUGGAAAAUCCAUACCGUUUAUCUUACAUUUUAUGUCCGUCUCUUAACAUAGAAAUAAAUCCAUUUUAAUUUCCAAUAUAAAUGUAUGUAAUUAAAAAAGUAGUUGCAACGUAAUUUGGGCUAAAGUAGUGUUUUAAAAGUAAAAGCAGUAGGGAAAAGUGUGCUACCUUUUGUUUCUAUUAUCUGCAGACUUAACAUUUGUCGCAACACAUGGAAUACAUGUCAUAUAAUGUUCUAUAACAAUACCGUCUUUGUUUCAGCUAUUUGACGUAUCAAUAGCCUAUGAAUGUUCGUGGUUAAAGCUGGAGAUAAACCAUCAUUGCCGGAAAAUUGGAGAUGGUCUUUUUAUAAUUGACGUCGCCUUGCGAAACGAAAGUGGUGAUAAGAUAAGGGGUCAGGUUAUCCACUACAACAAAACUGUCCUAGCCAGUGACGUCAAAGAGUUGUCUGGGGCUAAUGGUAACAUUUUUGUUUUGAAAAUAUAAAUUAAAACGUAUAGUUAUUCAGUGAUUACAUUUUAAUAUUAUUAAUUUAUAUACAUAUACAGUGUUGAUCAUAAAUACAUAUUAAUAAAUUUAUUUGUGUAAUUAAUAUUUAUAAAAAGCAAAUGAGUAAAACAAAGAAUGGGAAAACCUGAAAGCAGGAACGCACAAAAACAAAGAACAUGUUGGCAGAAAGCCUUCGUCAGCGAACAAACAACAUAAAAAAAUGAAUUAAAUUUUUAAAAAAGCUGACAAGUAGUUUCAAAAAGGGCAGCAAAAUAAUUGUAUAAAGCACUGUUUUUAUAGUUUAACAUCGUUAUAUUAAAACACAUGGAAACAUAGAAAAAGGUAAUUAAAAUAAUUUGAUCUGAAAUUUAAUUUUAAUUGUGUUCUUUUAACAUAUUAUGUUUUGUCGUAUUUAUGAACAAAAAACAAAAUAACUUUAAAAAUGAUGCUAUUUUUUCGUUUGCUGCCUAAAAUGUAUAUUGAGUUUAAAUUUCACAUCACAGAAACUGCUGAUUCAACAGGACAGUUACAAAUAAACGGCGAGAAAAUGUCAAGCGAAAUGAAUUGUACAAAAACCAUUGAUGUCACGAGUUUGAUUGUUGAGUUUGAGUGCUCAAAUCCCGACACGCCCUGUGUGAUAGAGGUCAAAGUUGAUGAUACAAUUGUGAUAAACCAGACUGCAGAUCGCGCAGUAUUUAAAGAACAAGUUCAAAGUGGACUUGAAAUGUUGAUCAGCAUUAAAUACGCUGCCUGCAGCCUCAAUGGAAAGGUCAACAAUUUAAGGUGUUUUAUCAAAACAGGUAAAUAUGUCAUUGUUUUAAUUGGGUUUUUUUACAAGUUUUUCUUCUGAAUUAUAUGUUUAUACAUACAUUUACUAAAUUAUUAUUAAAUAAAUUAGCUAUAUUUCGCUUGUAAAUCGGGUUUAUAAAAAUAUGGUAGUAAUCGGGUUACUAAAGACAUAAAGUUUGUUUAAACUUUAGGAAAAAUGUGUUACAAUUGAAAAAUUGACAAAUACAAUCUAAAGCCUUAACGACAGUUGCCUCCAAAUACUAAUGGUCUUUCAAGCCAUUUAUAUCCUACUUUAAAUAACUUAUUUCAUAAUUGAAUAUAAUUUUCUGGAUGUACUAAAUGUUUUAAAAGGAUUUUUUAGGCUAUAACUCAAAACAUGCCAAAUUCAAAUACUAAUAAUUUGUUCAAGAAUUUAUGAAUUUGUUUCGCAUACUAAUGUAUAUAUAUAUAUAUAUAUAUAUAUAUAUAUAUAUAUAUAUAUAUAUAUAUAUAUAUAUAUAUAUAUUGUAUUACUUUUGACAUUAUCUGAUGAUUUUUUUUAUAUUUACACUUCUAUAUAUAUAUAUCACAUAUAUAUAUAUAUAUAUAUAUAUAUAUAUAUAUAUAUAUAUAUAUAUAUAUAUAUAUAUAUAUACAUAAAUUGUAUUACUUUUGACAUUAUCUGAUGAUUUUUAUUAAAUUUACACUUCUAUAUAAUUAAACAUACUUCUUUAGUUUGUUAGAAAUCUUUAAAUUCAAAUAAUGUUUUUUUUUACGUAACUAUGUUUCUUCUCAUACGCAGACUUUGAUGAAACUGCCUCUGAAGGAGGUUUGGUGGUUGACCACGUUAUCAUAAUCUCAGUCGCAGUCACCGUCUCCGUGUUAAUACUAAUUGUUUUACUAGUUAUAAUUUUGGUAAAAAGGUGAAGGCACUUUAUAUUGUUUUUAAGGGUGAAGAUAAAUGUGAGUAAAAUAUUAUAUAAAUACUGCCUAUAGUUUUGUGAAAAAGUGUAAGAAAAAAUUAUAUUUAGACCAAAAUCCAAAGAUUAAAAUAUAUUAUCCUAGAUUUUUCAAUAAAUAAAGGGCUGAUAAAUUAAUUUUCAAUUUGUAUAUUUUUUUUUCAGGCACAAUAGACAAAAUCUAAAGAACAAUGAAAAAAAUAUCGGUAAAUUAAAUUGUACUAAAUAUUUUAACUAGUUAUAUUUGUAGAAGAACAUAUAUUCAUGCAAAUAUGCAAUUAAGCCUUCUAUUUUUGCUCAGAUUACAUUGUACGUUUUUAAAAAAAAAAUGUUUUGUUAGAGAACUAAAAUUAAGCAUGCAUAAAAGGAGAAAGGUUGUUAAUAAAGAAAUAACAUACAGGCUUAGGCAACCAAUUCUAAGCCCACCUAAUGGCCUACUUUUAAAAACUAUAAACAUGGGAAAUGUAUUAAAAAUUGGAUGAGGUAAAAGACGACAUUUAAGGUGACGACUUCGAAUAAUUAUUACGUAGUAAGAGUUAGUGUUGCUAAAGGCUCUCCGAUUUGAGUAUAAAUUCUGCUGGGAGUUAGGGUAAUCUCAUAAAAUGUCUAAGGCUUAUCAGAUAUUUUAAAUAUAUUUUUUUUAAGUACACACAACACCAAGUAAUUUAUUCAGGAGCAGUGUUUUAUUAUUAUUAUUUUUUUUAAUUUCUAAUAAAGAAGAUGAAAAAUCUCAUAAUUCAGAGGACAUGGUCAUGUCCCCAAGUCUUAAAAGUCCAGGUAAGCAAGUUACUUUCUUUUAAAUGUUAGUAAACAAACGGGCAACUUCUCUUCAAAUUUUAGAUAUUUCACUUUUUCUAAAGUUAAAUUUUGAGAUUUAAUGACAAAUAUAUACGCAAAAGUAAUAAAUAUUGUCUUUUCUUCUUGAACACAUUUUGAAAAAUAAUAAAACAUGCUUUAAACAUUGCUACAUUUGAAUUAAAAUGUCUAAAUUUCUUCUUCUUUUUUUUGUUUUUACUUUUCAUUGUUUUAGACAAAAAUGUAAACUUUAACGACGAUAACCAGCCUCUACUAGAAGUUAAGAAAGGUAUGCAUUCUUAAACAAAUAACUCAAUCUCAAAGCCAAUAUUUUGAUGUUAAAAUUGUGAGCUAUUUUAAAAUAUCAUAAUUUUAAUAAAAGGUGCAUAAACUUAUAAUGCUAUUAAAUUAAACAUUUGGUAUACGUGUAGAGUAAGUUUUAAAUAUUAGCUUUCUUUUAGAUGAACAAGAACAAAAUGAAGCCAAUGAAGACAGAAAGG